GCCGCAGGGCUGGGAAGGGUGGUGCAACCGAGGGUUAGGCUGCUGGGGUGCGGCCAGAGCUGGGGCGCUGCGGUUACGGGCGGUCCCGGUAGUCCCGGCGGUCUUUAAAUUCUCCAGCACUUGGGCGGCUUGUGCACUCUUACCUGCUAGUCUGCAGCGAGUACCCCAACGCUCUGCACCUCCAAGGACUCCUGUCCUCUGCUUUAGGCGGGAAAUGCUGUUUCUUGAUGGCAACCUAGAGGUGGAUAGUCUGAAGCAUCUGCUGGAGGCCGGGGCCUCGGUCAACGCACCUCCAGAUCCUUGCGAGCAGUCGCCUGUCCACUUGGCCGCAGGUGGCGGCGGUGCCAGCUUGCUUCUCUGGCAGCUGCAGACCGGCGCGGACCUUAACCAGCAGGAUGUGUUUGGAGAAGCUCCAGUCCACAAGGCAGCAAAAGUUGGAAGCCUGGAAUGCCUUAGCCUGCUUGUGGCCAGCGAUGCCCAGAUUGAUUUAUGUAAUAAGAAUGGGCAAACAGCUGAAGAUCUUGCUUGGUCAUACGGAUUUCCAGAAUGUGCCAAGUUUCUUACAGCAAUUAAAUGUAUGCGGACAAAAAAACCAAGUGAACCAUCCAGCAGGGGUCACAAUGUUCCCAUGCUCAGACAGAAGCGGAGCUCUGGAAGUGCACAAAAUACCAGUGGGAAGAGGAAGUGUUGGUGAGUAACUCAGAGUUUCUUCCUUCUUCCUCAAGCAUCUCGUAUGUAGCACAGAAUUUGUUGUUUUAUUUAAGUCUUGGCAGUCUUAUUUCUAAUAUACCUUUUUGAUUCUCAUUAACAGCAUUUUAAGACUGGUUCUAGUAACUGUUAGUAGAUUCUAGAAACCAAAAAUUUGCCCUGCAUGGUGGAAGGUUGGGGAAAUAACCAUUUUAAAAUAAGUUUUUAAAAACUUUU